GUGCCUCAUUUCUUUUAUUGCCUUCCUCAGUACAAAUUAAUUUUUAUGGAAAUGAACCAGAGCUUGUUAUACUCCCUCCGUCCCAUAAAGAUAGGGACGGUUUGACUAAAGUGGUAAAAUAAGGAGGGACCAUUUUGUGUUGACUUUCCAAAAAUAUCUUUGAUGUGAUGGGUAAAAGUAGGAUGUGAUAUGUAGAUUAUUAGGAAAAAUGUAUGAUAGGUAGGGUAUGAAAAAGUAAGGGGUAAAAGUGGUUUUUUAAUAGAAAUGAGAAGAACUUUUGGGGACACAAUUUUUUUGAAACGUGAAGGACUUUAUGCGACGGAGGGAGUACUUCAGAAGCUCCAUGAAUGUGUGUAUAUCAAGGAUAUAAAUGUUAGGAGCUUAAAUUGAAGAACAAAAUCGCUAGAAACUUACACAGUUCUCAUAUAUGGCUGAAUAUUAACGAUCCAUGGUCACUCUAUUAUUGCACAGCUUGCUGAAUUUUAGCUUCAGAUUGUUGAGAGAAAAUACUGUAAAAUUCUAACCUGAAAGUCAAAACGGAAUGGACUUGUUGCACUAAUUUUCAUUAUUUCUGUCACACGACCCAACUUUUUUGAGGCUGAUUAGAUAUAUGGUGAAAUCCACUCAUUGGUGGGGGCGGGAUGGAACAGGUAUUUUGACAAAAUUGACCAAUCUUUUGCAUGUCAGCCUCAUUCCCUCAUACUUACUUUAUUUGUGUUUGUUCAAUGCUCUCUUGGUCACAAUCAUCUGUUAUUUCUCUGCCAGAGGUGCUGGCAAAUACAUAAUGGUUCCAUUUAUAUUCUCACAAUAAAAUGAUGUAUAUAUGCUCCCUUUCUCUAAAUCCUUGUUCACAAAGCACAGAAAUCAGAGAAUGGCUGAAGACCAAUCAGUACUUGGAAGGCGGCGCAUUUACUAUGAUCAAAAUGGAAGCGAGGCACUAAUCUGCAGCGACAGUGAAGAAGAUAAUGCAGAACCAGAGAUAAAGAAACAUUCAUUCUCAAAAGGAGAGGAUAUGAUUCUAAGGAUGGCUUUACAAGAGUACGGGAUAAGUGGAAAGGUUCUAAGCAUGUUGACCCAAUUCAUUGGAGGCUCCACUUCUGAAAUCCAGGACCGGUACAAUGUUCUUGAAGGAAAACAUAUGGAAGCAGAAAAAAACAUAAAAUCCUUGGAAGAAAGAGGAUCUGAAAGAAAGCUGCUGCUGGAGAAAAGCCUUUCCACUGCCUUGGAUUCUUUCGAUAAUCUUUUUUGUCGCCGUUGUUUGGUGUUUGACUGCCGUCUACAUGGCUGUUCUCAAGUUCUCAUUGAUGCUAGUGAGAAGCAAUCAUACUUUCCUGAUAAAGUUCACAGGAAACCCUGCAGUGAUCAGUGUUAUCUUCAGUUCAAAGUCACUAGAAUCUUACCUGGGGAUCCAGCCACAGAUCUACCUGGUAGAUCUGAAAGAAAGAUUUUAGAAAAGAAGACUGAGAAUUUGGCCAGUCUCAAUGCCGGAGAGCAAGGUGAUCACUCUGACAGCAAUCCAAAACAAAAAGCAUUAGAUCCUAUGUACCUAACCCCAGAAAACCAUAAAGGGCAUAAACUAGUUUCUGAUGAACUACUACAAGAUCCUCACAAUAAGAAGCUGAAGUUGUCAGUUCCUAGUUCCAUUGGCAUGCCCAUGGAAUGUGUAUCUGAUGCAAAUCAUCCAAAGAUGAUUACUGAUGAUGUUGUUUGUGAGUCGCAUAAGUGUUCAUCGGAGUCAAGUAGUCGUUUAAUCAUGCCUGGAGACAAUACCGAGGCCAUUAAUAAAUGUAAAGAAGCAGCCACUUGUGACACUCCUAAGGGGGAUCCAAGGUCUAGUUUUGGUAAAACGCUUCGUAAAGGCUUGCUUGGAAUCCCUGAUUGGAAACCACUUGAGAAAGAAUUAUAUUUGAAGGGCAUAGAGAUAUUUGGCAUGAACAGCUGCCUCAUAGCUAGGAAUUUACUCCCUGGUUUGAAAUCGUGCAUCGAAGUUUCAAGAUACAUGUAUAAUGAUGGAGCACAAAUGCAUCCUGGAUCCUCUGACAUUCUCUGUUUCUUUUCCGAUCACAACAGGGAAGCUCAAUUGGAUCAAAUGGAGUUAGAUAUGCCAGCUAGAUCCCGUCUUUUUCGUCGAAGGGGCAGGGCUCGUAAGCUCAAGUACUCAACAAAGUCAUCUGGUCAUCCAUCAUUGUGGAGAAAAGUUGCAGAUGGGAAAUAUCAGUCCUGCAAUCAAUAUAAUCCAUGUGGGUGCCAAUCUAUGUGUGGAAAGGAAUGCACUUGUUUACAGAACGGUACUUGCUGUGAAAAAUAUUGUGGGUGCUCAAAAGGCUGUAAAAAUCGCUUUCGUGGGUGCCACUGUGCAAAGAGUCAAUGUAGAAGUCGGCAAUGCCCGUGCUUUGCUGCAGGACGAGAAUGUGAUCCAGAUGUUUGCCGCAAUUGUUGGGUUAGCUGUGGAGAUGGGUCGCUAGGUGAACCUCCCAGGCAAGGAGAUAGUCAAUGUGGUAACAUGAGGCUCCUCUUGAGGCAGCAACAACGGAUCCUUUUGGCAAAAUCUGAUGUAGCUGGGUGGGGUGCAUUUCUGAAGAGCCCCGUUAACAAAAACGAUUACCUGGGAGAAUAUACAGGUGAAUUGAUCUCACACAGAGAAGCAGAUAAGCGUGGAAAAAUAUAUGAUCGGGCUAAUUCCUCCUACCUUUUUGACUUGAAUGAUCAGUAUGUGCUUGACGCAUACCGCAAAGGAGACAAGCUGAAAUUCGCCAAUCAUUCCUCAAAUCCGAACUGCUAUGCGAAGGUGAUGCUGGUGGCUGGUGAUCACCGGGUUGGCAUCUUUGCAAAGGACCGCAUCGGAGCUAGCGAUGAACUUUUCUAUGAUUACCGGUAUGGGCCUGAUCAGGCACCCGCAUGGGCUCGCACCCCUCCCCCUCCUCAUCCCUUGAAGAGAGAUGGUUCGCCAUUACCCCACCUACUUCGUGCCAAGAAGCAUGCCCAAACUCUUCUUCAUUACACCAAUUAGUGUUAUGAUACUCCCUUUUAACAUGCUUCUUCUUUGCUGUAUUAUAUUGUUAAUAAAAAUAAUAGUGUAAAUUGAAUCAAUAAAUAAAGAUGAGCCCAAAUU